UGUUUUUUUUAAUAUUUUAAUUAUUAAGUUUAAGAAGAUAUUUAUGACCAUAUUUUUGCCUAGAUAUAGUUAUUAUUGCAGUUUAAAGAGGACCUGGUUUCCAGGACAUAUGUUUUCAGGAUUAAGAGAUAUGAGGGAUCUUUUAAAUGAGGUUGAUUUGGUAAUUGAGACUAGAGAUUGUAGAAUUCCUGUUUCAAGUGAAAAUAAAUUGUUAAACAAGGCAAUUGGAAAGAAAGAAAGGAUAAUAAUAUUCAACAAGUAUGAUUUAUUGGAUUAUGAUAGUAAAAAGAGAAUUGAAGAGAAAUUUUAUGAAGAUGGGAUAUUCUGUAGUCUAAAAGAUCCAAAAUCAAUGAGAAAAAUAUAUGAAAGUAUAAGAAUAAGGGCGUUAAAGAUGAAUAAAAUAUCAGGAAUGAAUGUAAUGGUAGUUGGAAUGCCAAAUGUUGGAAAAUCAACUCUUUUAAAUUCAUUUCGUUAUAUAGGACUACAAUCAAUUGAUAUGUAUCAGAAAAAUAGAAAGGCAGUAAAAACAGGUGCACAACCUGGUAUUACAAAAAAAAUAACACAAAAAAUCAAAAUUAUAAAAAAACCUUUAGUAUAUUGUAUAGAUACACCGGGAAUUAUGAUUCCUUCUACAAAUGAUCCUAUUACUUUUUUAAAAUUAGCAUUAGUUGGAUGUAUAAAGGACAAUAUUAUUGACAUUAUUACAGUUGCAGAUUAUUUAUUAUUUCGUAUUAAUUUAAUUGAUCCAGAAUUAUAUUUAACACCAUUCAAAAUGAAGCAACCUACAAAUAAUAUAGAAGAAUUAUUAAAUGCAAUUGCUAUAGCUACAGGUUGUCUUAACAAAGGAGGAAUUCCUAAUAUUUAUACAGCUGCAACUUUCCUUAUUAAAAAAUAUAGAACAGGAAACUUAGGAAAGUUUAUUUUAGAUGAUAUCUUUUAAAAAAUACCUUUUUUUAAUAAAAAAGUGUAAUAUUAAAAUACCAUAA